CGUCGAUGCGACCAAUCGACCACAUUUCAACAGUCAGAGGGAUAUCUGAGGGGGAUAACUGAGGAGCGCCGAAAAGCACUGCAGUGGUCGCUCGACUGAGAGACGUGCUAGCAACGUCACGCCGAUACGAGGGUUGCAGUCCGCAGCGGAGCAGCGAGCUCGGGCAUCCUGUGAAUGGGGAGAGAGCGGGGACGUUGACUUUCCGCGUGGGGACAAACUCUGGACGAAGGCGGCACUGGACGCAGGAGCUGCUCCGUUGCUGACGUCGGCUGGUACUACGCAUCAGAGUUGACGGCGUUUCUUGACGCGAGUGGUCGGUGCGUCCCUGCGUCUGGAGCCAUGGGCUGUACGGUGAGCGCCGAGGAUAAGGCUGCCGCGGAGAGGUCGAAGAUGAUUGACAAGAACCUCCGAGAGGACGGAGAGAAGGCAGUCAGAGAAGUGAAACUGCUUCUAUUAGGUGCCGGGGAAUCUGGGAAGAGCACCAUUGUAAAGCAGAUGAAGAUCAUUCAUGAAGAUGGCUACUCAGAAGAUGAGUGCAAGCAGUACCGAGCAGUGGUUUAUAGUAAUACCAUCCAGUCUAUUAUGGCCAUUGUUAAAGCCAUGGCCAGUCUGAAGAUAGACUACAGCAGCCCUGGCAGAUUGGACGAUGCCCAGCAGCUCUUCGCCCUGUCUGCAGCUGCUGAAGAGCAGGGCAUUUUUCCUGAUGAUCUGUCCAAGGUGACCAAGAGAUUGUGGGCUGACAGCGGCAUUCAGAGUUGCUUUGUGCGGUCGCGAGAAUACCAACUCAACGACUCUGCAGCAUAUUACCUGAAUGACCUGGCGAGGAUAGCUAAAGCAGAUUACAUUCCUUCACAGCAAGAUGUGCUACGAACUCGGGUCAAGACUACAGGCAUCGUGGAGACUCACUUCACUUUCAAGGAACUGCACUUCAAAAUGUUUGAUGUUGGAGGCCAACGCUCGGAGAGAAAGAAGUGGAUCCACUGUUUUGAAGGAGUUACAGCCAUUAUCUUUUGUGUUGCGCUGAGUGCUUAUGACCUGGUGCUGGCUGAGGAUGAGGAGAUGAACCGAAUGCACGAGAGCAUGAAGCUGUUUGACUCCAUCUGUAACAACAAGUGGUUCACUGAGACCUCCAUCAUCCUCUUCCUCAACAAGAAGGAUCUCUUUGAGGAGAAGAUUACUCGCAGUGCCCUUACCAUCUGCUUUCCAGAAUACACAGGAGCCAACAAGUUCGAUGAAGCAGCGAGUUACAUUCAGACCAAGUUUGAGGACCUGAACAAGAAAAAGAACACAAAGGAGAUCUACACCCACUUCACCUGUGCCACUGACACCAAGAACGUGCAGUUCGUCUUUGACGCCGUCACUGACGUCAUUAUUAAGAACAACCUAAAAGACUGUGGUCUUUUCUAAAGGCCUGAUGCACACAGACUGCUUGAGAGACUGCAACAGCCACGUGAUGAUGACUGCUUUUCAUAAUGAAAACCACAACAGACUUGAUUCCUAAAGGGGGAAACCUUAAAGAACUUCAACAGUCAAUAAUUUGCAACCAUCACAUUAUCAGUUGUGUUCAUAUUUUUUCAGAGGUACAUUUCUUACUGGUCUUGGUGUUCUCAUACUAUUCUUACCGAGUGCCUGUAAAUAUAUAUAAAUAUAUAUAUUCGACCAAGGACCCCUUACUGGUUUUUGAAUUGGAUUUGUAACCUAAAUAAUAUUAUCCAAGUAUAAGAUGAUUGUUUAAAGAGGAAAACAUAUCAUGGUUGCUUUACCAAAAUCACAUUAACUUAUCUUCACUAAUGUUGGCAUUUUAUGAUCCUUUUGAUUGCACAGAGCUUAUUUUUAGAAGAAAAACAAGCAUGAGAAUUAAAAUGGAUAACGGGAAAGUGUUAUUUUGUACAAUGUUUACACAGAAUCAAUUGUAUUAAAGUGCAUUGUCCUGCAUGACUGUCCAUAGAUUAGCUUGUACCUCCACACACUGUAUAACAUUCCUUAAGUACCUUCUUUCAAGAAAUACAACAGAAAUGCUUUUGUCACUUUUAAGAUAUCUGCAAGAUGUUUAAGUGCUUAUGUGUGUUCCUAACAUGCAUUGUUCUGUGCCAUUUGUUCCAUUCGAAGUCUUUUUACAUGUGUGUGCCUUGAUAUCGGUUUACACUAGUUCUUUAGACGCUAUCUCCAUAGUGUGAAUUAGGGCUAUUUAUACUCGACUUCGGUUCACAGCACCCGUGAUUUAAGAAGCGUCACAACACAGACAAAUGGAUGAUAGUCAGUCACUAAUGUUAAGAUAAUAGUACUUCACUUGUUAAAUGUAAAUAAAGGUUUACUCUCAUUAUCUUUUAUCCUACACUGUAAUGUGUCACAUGAAAAUGCACAAAACACAUAAUCUGAUCUGCUAUGUUUGGAUGAGAAGUCUCCUAAAAAAUAAAGUGAAAGAGGACGAUAGUGGAAAUUUAA